AUGGCAAUAGACUGUAUAGGGUUGAAACGGAUAGUAAUUGAAUGUACUCGAGUACUCGCCUUCAACUACUCGCGAGUACUCGAGUACUCGUCCUCGAGACUGCGUCUUUGUUUCAGAUUAUUCUCACGCAUAUGUUAUUCACGCAUUCACAACCUAGAGGAAACAUUAUGCGCGCUGUUAGAAGUCCACAAAGAGUCUCUUAUCACCAACCGGCCUGACCUACAAGGAAGUAAUGUAAAACUUUGUUGCCGAACUCUUACCCAAGAAACAGUUGUCCUGGACUGGGGCUCUGUGACCUUCUCUCCACAACUGAUAUCUCUUCCGCCGUCCGUGACCCCACAGAACACCAUCUCCGUCACUGUGACCACUCCGUGUACUUCCCCUGCUGCCGUCGUCACAUGGAGAUACCAACAGGGUGUGAGUAGCAUCCCUCCCAGCAGUACAUCUUCCACCCAAGGAUCAUGUCCAUCAGGUGUGGUCCAGACAACCAACACUCUGUCUCUACCAGGGAACACAGUCAGUCUAUCUAACUACUGUUUUGUGUUUACAGGGUGUGAGUGGCAUCCCUCCCAGCAGUACAUGUUCCACCCAGGGAUCAUGUCCAUCAGGUCCAGACAACCAACACCCUGUCUCUACCAGGGAACACAGUCUGUCUAUCUAACUACUGUUUUGUGUUUACAAGGUGUGAGUGGCAUCCCUCCCAGCAGUACAUCUUCCACCCAGGGAUCAUGUCCAUCAGGUCAGGUCCAGACAACCAACACUCUGUCUCUACCAGGGAACACAGUCAGUCUCUACAACAGGCAGGUGUCUCUCACUGUCAGUGUGGAACAUGACUCCUUCGAUCCCCCCACGUAUACAAAUCUGUCACAUCCAACCCCAUACAGUUUCCUGUCCCAGUUACCUCGGUGACACUGACAAACAUCAGUUCUGAUAAUGAGAAGAUAGCACUAAUGGCAGGUCAAUCCCUGACCUUGACCUGCGUAACCUCAGCCAGUUUUCCCACUUCUACUGUGACCUGGGCGACCUUGCCAUCAGGAACGACACCGACAGUUAGCACAGAGACGACAUCUGGUGUCCUGGUGAAAACAACAAGCUCCGUCACAUUCACUGUCAGUAGGAGUGACCAGGG